AUGACUUCCCCAUUCACCGCCUACCCUACCCCAGAGCGGCCCUUCAUACAGACAAACCCAGGCGCAGCUUCUCAGCCUCGCAGCUCUACGCCAGGAACAAAGCCGGCAGGCGGUGCAAAACGCGGCCGCAAACCCAAAGCCGCUGGGUCUGCCUCAGGCACCAACUCUCCUCGACCACCCACUCAGUCGCCGCUACUGGGGUCGGGCCAGGGCACAGAGUUGCAAUGGAACAACGUGCCCGCAACUGCUUAUGCGAGCUCGAGCAAUGGGGGCACUUCAGUGGCGGGCCAACAGCAGUCGCCACCCGGUCAGCAAGCGUCCGAGUCGGGUGUCACACUUAGUCUCCCUGGAACGGAGGCUGCAGUGGCACCCUCUGGGGAUGCGACUGCACCGAGGCCUUCUGGAGCUGCGGCGCCUGGGGAGGAAGAUGGAGAAGGCGAAGACGACCAUGAGAUGCUACCCGCGAUGGCGGACGAUGACUAUUCUGCGCAGUUAUCCUUCCAGAGUCAGUCGAAAGACAACCUGAAGUUUUUGAUGGACAACUUCAGUCCAGAGCAGUACGACCGUUUCGAGGCGUACCGCCGUCAUGCGCUCCCCAAACAGGCAGUCCGCAAGGUCAUUCAGCAGACGCUCGGUCAACAAGCGUCCAUGCCUGUCGCUCAAGUUGUGGCAGGUUUCGCGAAGGUGUUUGUCGGAGAAGUGGUCGAGAAAGCACGCAUCGUUCAGGAGCGACGUGGAGAGACUGGCCCACUGUCUCCUGACCAUCUGCGCGAAGCGUACCGCAUGUAUCAGAAGGAGACCGGCCGGGUUGGCGCAGCGCGUCCGGUGCGUUCGAAGCGACUCUUUGUCCGUUAA